AUGGCAUUCCUUUCCGCGACUCAUAUCCCUGGAGUGUCCCAUCCAGGGGCCUCAAAUGAUGCUUUGUACAAGGAACUGUGGAAUGCCUGUGCUGGACCUGUUGUCACGGUUCCUCGUGAAGGGGAACGGGUUUAUUACUUUCCUCAGGGUCACAUGGAGCAGCUUGAAGCAUCGACUCAGCAGGGAUUAGACCAACAACUUCCUUCGUUCAACUUACCGGCUAAAAUACUUUGCAAAGUGGUGCAUAUUCAGCUUCGGGAUUCUGGAAUGUGGAAAUCUCAACAAGUUGACUCCCCAUCGGCUUUCUCAUAUCGUGAUCCACCGCGUGGCCGAGACCUUUAUUUAUCUCCCAAUUUCUCUUCUGGUACUAAAGCUAGUUCUCAUAACUACAGUGAGAACAAUUCAUUGCCUCCCGUUUCCAGCAAAUCGAUGUUUUGGUCUAACCAAGUGGGGAGCAUGGCGGAGUCUUUUGCACCUGUUGUCAACAAAGAAACUGGUGAAAAGAGGCAGGCAAAUGGCUGCAGGCUAUUUGGGAUUGAGCUACUUGACCACUCUGCGGUGGAAGAAAAUUCAGCAGUGGUGGUGUCUGGAGCACUGGUGGAGGAUCACCCAGUUCCAUCUUUGGAUACCGAGUCUGACCGGCAUUCUGAACCAUCAAAUAUUGAUAGAUGUGAUAUUCCUUCAGUAAGUUGUGAACCUGAAAAAUCAUGCCUGAGAUCUCCUCAUGAGUCACAAAGCAGGCAAAUUCGAAGUUGCAGAAAGGUACUUUGGCCACUACUUUUACUUGUUUGGGUUGAAUGUAAUUUAUCUUGUGUGUCUCGGUUCUCUGGACCAAGCAUCCUUGUUGAUGGUGCACUCAUUUGA